AAAAAAUUAAGAUUUCCGUCCACGAGCGCACUUACGAUUUCACUUACGAGAAAAAGCUUCCUUAGCUACGUACUUUCGUUUUGACUGCUCAUGCGCAGUUCGCAAUUUAGCGUGUCGUCUGUCAACAACAACAUGAGCAAACGGAAGCCGAACUGGAGUGUUGCAGAAAUUGAGGCCCUGGUGGGAGCUGUAACGGAAAAUAUAAGAGUCGUGAAGGGAAAGUUUACCCCCUCAUUGACGAAUGAGGUUAAGAAUCGCCAGUGGAUGGCGAUAACCGAGCGAGUCAAUACAGCUAAUGUGUCUAAGUGUGAUCGAGAUGUAGCAGAAGUAAAGAAAAAAUGGCAAGACUUCAGUAGCCAAACGAAAAAGAAGGAGGCCAUGAGGAUUCGUCACAGGCAAGCAACUGGAGGAGGUCCUGCAAUAGAAGAUGAUCUGAAAUCAUGGGAAACUCUGAUCAUUGGAACAUUUUCCAAGAGUGCCGUUGAAGGGGUGCCGGGUGGGGUUGAUUCUGGAGCACUAUCCUCAUCACAAAGCCGAAUACUCUUAGAGAAAGAAACAUCAUAUGUAUUUGAGGCAACUCUUGCUGAACAAUCACCUGCUGCUGAACAACCAUCUGCCUUCAUCACAGAUAACUCCAGUGAAAAGCCUGUGAGUGAGGAGUUUGAGACAGGUAUUGUAUAUACAUGUACACUAAUCUAUUUUUCAUACUUCGAGAAAUUUGGAAGUAUUCAAUGGUUUAACAGUAUAGGCAAAGUAGACCUACAAAACUGGUAUUUCCUGUAAGGGGAAACUUUCUGUGAUCCAUUAUCCU